CGCGUGGUUGCUAAGGCAACAAAGUCGUUGGUGAGGCAGACUUGCGGGCAAGAUGAUGCUUUCGAGGCUCAAACCCGCUGUAGGAGGUGGCCCUCCACUUGGCGACAAGCGCAAAACGAAAGGCAAGCGGAUCCCACAGCUGGAGGAGCUGCUGGCCCGGCGAGAUUUCACCGGUGCUAUCGCCCUGCUGGAGUUUAAGCGCCAUGUUGGGGAACAAGAAGAAGAUACAGAUCUCUGGAUUGGAUAUUGUGCUUUCCAUUUGGGUGACUACAAGAGAGCACUGGAGGAGUAUGAGGCUUUGACCAAGCAACCUGGCUGCAACCCAGAUGUCUGGGUGAAUUUGGCAUGCACCUUCUUCUUCCUGGGGAUGUAUAAAGAAGCUGAACAGGCAGCCUUGAAAGCUCCCAAAAGUAAACUUCAGAAUCGUCUGCUGUUCCAUGUAGCACACAAGUUUGGUGAUGAGAAGAAACUGAUGAACUUCCACCAGGAUCUGCAGGAUAUAACAGAAGAUCAGCUUAGCCUAGCAUCUAUCCACUAUAUGCGAGCUCACUACCAAGAGGCUAUUGAUAUCUACAAACGCAUACUUCUCGAUAACAGGGAAUAUCUGGCCCUUAAUGUGUAUGUGGCCUUGUGUUACUACAAGCUGGAUUACUAUGAUGUCUCCCAACAGGUGCUAGCUGUUUACCUUCAGCAAGUUCCUGAUAGCACCAUUGCUCUUAACAUAAAGGCUUGUAAUCAUUUUCGACUCUUUGAUGUGAAGAUUGCUGAGGGAUUACUCAAAAGUCUGAUGGACAGUGCCUCAACAUCAUUUGAGUUUGCUCAGGAACUCAUUAAACACAAUCUGGUAGUAUUCCAAAAAGGGGAGGGGGCUCUCCAAGUACUGCCUUCCUUGGUUGAUGUUAUUCCUGAAGCCAGAUUGAACUUAGUUAUUUACUACCUCCGACAAGAUGAUGCACAGGAGGCUUACAACCUGAUUAAAGACCUGGAACCUUCAACUCCUCAGGAAUAUAUUCUCAAGGCAGUAGUAAAUGCAGUCCUUGGACAGGAAAUGUGUUCAAGAGAUCAUUUAAAAAUUGCUCAGCAGUACUUCCAGCUGGUGGGAGGUUCAGCCAGUGAAUGUGAUACAAUCCCUGGCAGACUGUGCAUGGCAUCCCACUACUUUCUACUCAGACAGUUUGAUGAUGUCCUAACUUAUCUCAAUUCGGUGAAGAGUUACUUCUACAAUGAUGACGCUUUUAAUUUUAAUUAUGCCCAAGCCAAAGCUGCAAAUGGAAAUACCAGAGAGGCUGAAGAGGUGUUCCUCCUGAUUCAAAGUGAGAAAAUAAAGAAUGAUUUUGUUUACCUCAGCUGGCUAGCUCGCUGCUACAUUGUGAAUAAGAAGCCACGACAAGCUUGGCAGCUAUACCAAAAGAUGGAAGCCUCUGGAGAGUCUUUUAGCCUUCUACAGCAAAUUGCAAAUGACUGCUAUAGAGUAGGACAGUUUUACUAUGCUGCCAAAGCCUUUGAUGUCCUGCAAAGACUGGAUCCUAACCCUGAAUACUGGGAAGGCAAAAGAGGAGCCUGUGUGGGCAUCUUCCAAAUGAUCUUAGCUUGCAAAGAACCCAAAGAGACCAUAAGGGAAGUGCUGCAUCUCCUGAGGAGCACAGGUAACCCACAAGUAGAGUAUAUGGUCCGGAUCAUGAAGAAGUGGGCCAAGGAAAACAGAGUCUCUGUCUAAACCAGCAUCACCAGGAGGAUCGAAUCAGCUGCCAUCUCUUACCAAAAUGUGAAAGUAGCUGUAUUAUAUGCCUGGCUGGAAUAUUGAAUAAUGCCAAUGUGGAAUACAAUAAUACAAAAUCCUAGGAACAGUUAUAUAUUUUUCUAUUAAUGAAAACUGUCUGAAUGUCAUGCAGUUUUGAGGAGGAUCUUUGUUUCUUGUGUAAUGUAGCAUCUCCCAGGUUCUAUUUUUAUACUGAAUUUCCCAGCAUUUAGCUAGUCAUAUUGUCUUCAGUUCUCAGAUUUUACAGCCAUGUGCAUUUCUGCAAUUAUUCAGUGAAGCACUUUGAAAAUGGAAUUAUUCAGUUGUACAAAUGCAUACUAGACUCUUUGGUAUCAGUUUCCAUAGUAGAGUAUAAUAUGAACUCAAGGACUACAUUCAGCAUUUUACAGUAAAACUCCUGGCUGUUAGGAAGCAUAUUUCUAAAUUACCUAGAAACUCUGAAAAUGGUACAGAGUAUUUCCUCACAUGUGAAAUACUUCAGUAACUGUGGCACAACCAUAUUGGAAGCAAACUUAAACAGCAACCAGUCCAUGUCUAGGGACACUAUAAUCUGUUUCUUCCAGAAGAUUUUGCCUUCUGUUCAGUCAUUAAGGCUGAUUGGGAGAAGGCCCCAUUGAAGUCAAUGCAACUUACUUCCCAGUAAACAUUUGUAGGAAUUGGCUGCAAUGGCUGCAGCAUCACGUUCCCUACAAUUACUAUACUAGGCUGAAAGGGGCCUUCUGUAUUACUUUACUUUGUACAAGUGCUGGUUAGUAGCUUGAUGAAGUAGGAGAGGUUCACUCUGAGAAUAUAUCAUUUAACUUUUUAAAGGAUGGGAAGAGGCCCAAAGGAACUCCACUAAAACACACUGUAGAAUAUGCAUUAAGAAAUUUUGUAAUGUUUGUAAUUUGUACCAAGCUUCCUUGCUGGGGUGGCAUACAAACCCCUCAAAAUAAAACAG